AUGGCGUCCAAACGUCGUGGUGGGAACGACGGGCAGGAAGGACCUUCGAAGCCGCCCAAGCUGAGCCGUGGCGGUCGGAGUCGUGGUGGGCAUGGUGGGCAGGAAGGACCUUCGAAGCCACCCAAACAGAGCCGUGGUGGCCGGAGUCGUGGUGGCCAUGCCGGGCAAGAAGGACCUCCGAAGCCUUCCAAGCUGAGUCGUGGUGGGAAUGCCGGGCAGGAAGGACCUUCGAAGCCGCCCAAACAGAGCCGUGGUGGUCGGAGUCGUGGUGGGCAUGCCGGGCAAGGACCUUCGAAGCCUUCCAAGCUAAGCCGUGGUGGGAAUGCCGGGCAGGAAGGACCUUCGAGGCCACCCAAACAGAGCCGUGGGGGUCGGAGUCGUGGUGGGCAUGCCGGGCAAGGACCUUCGAAGCCUUCCAAGCUGAGCCGUGGUGGGCAUGCCGGGCAGGAAGGACCUUCGAAGCCGCCCAUGCUGAGCCGUGGUGGUCGGAGUCGUGGUGGGCAUGCCGGGCAGGAAGGACCUUCGAAGCCGCCCAAACAGAGUCGUGGUGGGCAUGCCGGACAAGGACCUUCGAAGCCUUCCAAGCUGAGCCGUGGUGGUCGAAGUCGUGGUGGGCAUGACGAGCAGGAAGUACCUUCGAAGCCGCCCAAGCUGAGUCAUGCUGUAGGUGGUCCUACAGCCGACCGCCUGGCACCCGAAGUGCCUACUCCGGUACCAGCUGCACGUCGUCGUCGUCCCAAGACCAGGACCGAGACCUCGGCAACCACCGCCGCCCAAGGAUCUCCGGACACCACGGAAGUUCAGCGGAACACGUCUUCCGCCGCUGCUCCCACCUCUAGGGGUGGUGUGGCGUCGUCGUCUGGCAUCCUUUCGGUGACGACGAGGACGACUGCAGCCCCUUCACCAUCUUCGCCUAGUUCCGAAGACGACGAAGUCGAAACUAUACGAUGGCACGCGGCCGACUGCGAAGACCAGUCGGACCCCGCGUCUGACGGCAGUGCGUGCGGCAGUUCAUUCGCCGUCUCGCAAGAGUCCGGCAGCGGCAGUCGCCGUGCCUCCAGCGUCGUGCUGGCUGCACCUGGUCGAGUUGGCGCGUUGGACGGGCCGUUCAACUCGACCAUGGUGGAAGGGGGCGUGCCCAUCCAUCAGGCUCCAAUUCCUAGCAUGACGUCCACAGGAGGCCCGUCAACCAGGACCCUGGUGCCCGACACCGAAGACGAGGCUCUGACCGAUGUGCCGCAACCCCUGCCGUCCCCGCCGCCUCCACCGGAGUCCUCGCCAACUGUGGUCAUUCCGCCGUGUCCUCUGGGACUGCACAGGCAGAUGCAGCUGCGCGAGAUGCGGCGUCAUGGUGUGCUGUACAGCUGGCAGCUGCCACCGCCUUGA